GUAGUCCUCGUCCUAUUUGUUAUAGGUAUGCAUAAAUACAAGUCUUGCAUCGUAUCCGAGCACGCACUGAGGUCCUCGUCCUAUUUGUUAUAGUCCGACGACGCGUGCUCUAGCCACAUUUCUUUUCGCCUCCGCCAAUAGCCCAUCGCCGUCGCUAUGACAAGUUCGUCCCUUGCCGACUUCAGCUCAGCUUUUGAGAAGCUUGAUGCUACUGGGAGGAACUGGACCACUUUCCGCCAACGCUUCCAGAUUGCCGUGCGCCAGAAGGAAGCAUGGGGCCAUCUCGAUGGGACAUCGACACGCCCGGUACCUGCUGAUGAAGUGAACGUGGAGCCAGCGGAACAGGUAGCCAUUGCAGCCUUCACGAAACACGCCCGGAAGGAGACCGCUGCCGCGAUUUGGGCCGCAAUCGUCCAGGAAUUCGCACAGAAGUCCAUGCUGUUGCGUGCGAACCUGCGCACGCAGUUCCUGACUAUGCGCGCAAUGUCCGGUGCAAACCUCCACACCGAACUUGAUCGCCUGCGCGUGAAGUACGAGGAGCUGCUGAGGAGCUUUCAACCUUCGUUUCGCAAGUCUCUGCCACUACGAAGCUUGCCCGUCGCUUCCAGGUUGUGCCACCUACUCCACUCCCGCCAAAUGUGCCAACCGAGGAAGUGCCGGCUCUUGAUGCGGAAGCGCUCAUGGAGAUCGCUCUCGAAGAGUGGGACCGUCGGCACAGUGGCAAGCCCAAGCCUAAGCCGAAGGACGCAGGAGUCGCAGUGAGUGUGAUCUCGUCCGAGAAGCCGAAGGUGAAGGGUCGCCGUGGUCCGCAGAAACCUGUUGGUGUAUGCUGGAACUGUG